UUUGUUUGUUUUUGUUAUGUAGUGGCAACAAGCAGUUCUGCAGCCAUGUCACUGCGUCAUAUGCUUUGCAGUAUACUGUGGAGGGGUACUCACAGUUGCAGUCCUUUGUCCAACAAGAGACGUCUCAUCACACUCUCUGCGUUCAGUCACAUCUAUGGAGUUGCAAUCAUGUCUGUUGAAGAAGAGGGAAAAAGAGGAAUAUUUUACCUGCCAGCUUCCGGUAUUUCUGUCGACUGUGUUGACCAGAGUCCUGCAGCAUUCCUCGUGGACAGGAGAAGUCGAUGUUCCCGGCGUGUGGUUCUGAAAGAGGAAUGCAGCUCCCUACCACCCAUAAGCAAAGAUACUUACACAAACAUCAGCCUCUAUUCUGGGGAGAAUGAAGAUGCCACUGUUGUUCCUGUGGAGAUGGCUGCAGUCAUGUUGCAGUCUUCAGAUGGCACUCAAAAUGAAGUUACGAUCGGUGAAGAGGAAAACAUGAAGCCGUAUCUCAUGAAUCCAAAUGUGUGUGCAAAUGUUGUUUUGAAGGUUGCAUACUUGGUGAAGUACAACAAGGCAGGCCAAGUAGUGAAUGCUGCAGUACAUCUGCUGCUUGGGAACUUUAAUGUCACACCAUUUACCCUGGAGCAGGAGUUCUCGAUCAAAUUUAUUCAGGAGGAGAAUAACAACGUGCCAUUCCAUUACAGUGGAAAUCCCGGUUAUAUCGUCGGACAUCCUAUUUUGUCUGGACAAGAAAUUGCUGAAUAUCCAUUACUGGAUAUGGUUCAAAACCCUGGAGACACACUGUCAAUUCUCCCGAUUUCCGCGAACCAAAACUGUAUGAAUGGUCCUCAUCAGCGUUCUCCUGUCUUGUUUGGUGUGGACUCAAUAUCUGGCUGCACAUUAAGACUGGAGGAAGUAGCCAACUGCUCCCUGGUUUCUCAAAUUAUUAUUGAUGUUCUGCGAGGACAAAACCACCCCCAAUAUGUUGCGACGUUUGGAAACUCCGAAUUACAAAAUUCCCUUGACUGGUUGCCUAUCAAGCGCAGCUAUAAUCAGAGGGCUUCGCAGGUUUGCAGCAUCCCAUUGUUACUUCACUUGGAGAUUGAAUGGACCAAAUAUGGUUCCUUGUGGAAUCCCCAAACUCAGAUUGUGAGUGUCGAGGAAGUUAUCCAAACCAAUACCACCAGUUUGGCUGGUUUUAUCAGAGGCAGUGAUGCGCUCUCAAUUCGGAGUUCAGUGAGCUUCAAAGACAUUUCUGCUGCUGCCCUUCCUGGUUACAGAGCUACACCGACCAUUGAUGCCAACCUGCCGAUUAACUUCUUCUUUCCAUUUGUUUGAUUGAGCAACUUCAUCCAGACUGUCCUUAGAAAGUGUCCGAAAAGUACCCACAUGUAAAAUUGUAAUUACCAUAGAGGGCAAAGAAUCGAUUGGAUAAAACAAUCAAGUAUUAUUCAUGAAGAUAGAAAACUUAAAUCAUGAGCUGAACAGAUCAAACAAUUCAGAAAUUAAUGCAUGGAUUAAUGCGGAAAAAAUACAUAAAGUUGCAUGAUAUGAAUUCAUUUGAAUUCAUUAUCGAUCAGAAGUCAAUGCCAUGCAUCUUGAGAAGUGUCUGAAGCUUCUGGUUAUCUUGUUGCUAGGAUGAUAAGAGGAAAUAAAGUUAAUUUGAUGUUUGAGACAUCAGGUAAAACUCAACAUGUGUCUGUAGAUGUCUUAAGUUAUGAGAUUCACUGGAUGAAUCUUUUUCUUUUUUUCCAAAUAAGUUUUAUCAUUGCAAAUAAGCACAGACUAGAUUUAAUGGCAGUGUUUGCCAGGAAUCAGUGGAGAUCCAUUUGUAUUAUCCAUCCAUUUUCCCAACCGCUUGAUCCUCACUUGGGUCGCGGGGGGUGCUGGAGGCUAUCCCAGCCGUCUUCAGGCAGUAGGCGGGGGACACCCUGAAUCAGUUGCCAGCCAAUCGCAGGGCACACAGAGACGAACAACCAUCCACGCCCACACUCACACCGAGGGACAAUUUAGAGCGCCCAAUCAGCCUGCCAUGCAUGUUUUUGGAAUGUGGGAGGAAACCGGAGCACCCGGAGAAAACCCACGCAGGCCCGGGGAGAACAUGCAAACUCCACACAGGAAGGCCGGAGCUGGAAUCGAACCCGGUACCUCUGCACUGUGAAGCCGACGUGCUAACCACUGGACUACCGGGCAGCCCUUAAUCUGGUUACCCAUGUCUAAAUAAAAUAAACAAAACUAGAAAUUGUCCUCCCUGGAUCGGGCUGAACCGACUUUAGUUAGCUUCUCACAUGACCUGCUCUUUCGCAUCAUAACAUCAUUUUUAAAAUAAUGUCCUGUUUUUGAAUAGAUCGAUGUAAAAUGUUUUUUUCAAAAAUGGUUUAAUCACUUCACAAAAUAAUUGAGAUUAAUUGAUUAUAAAAUAAUUGUUGGUUGCAGCUCUAAUAUAAAAUUAUGACAGUCCCAUCACUUAACAUGAAGCAUAUUGAAGCCUUGAUUAAGAAAUGUGCUAUUUAGUGUAAAUAAAACUGCUUUGCCUUGCCUUAGCAUCUUUUGUCCACAA